AGCAGCCAAGACUCUAGGCACAAUGACCCUUAUAAAUAAUUUCCCCUUGCCAUCAUUGUGAACUGGUUCAGAUCAAAUAUACAAAAAAUGAAGAGCUUCGGUCAAGUCUGGCGCCGACCUAGAACCUCAAGUCCAACGAGCAACCUAGUGGCGGAACCUGCACGAAACGACUUCCCAGACGGUGUGAAAAUCUGGCACAGUCCUGAAGACGCAGAAGUUGACAUCUGUUUUAUCCACGGUCUGUCAGGCAAUCGCGAUAAGACUUGGACUGCCCAUGGCCAACCCAACCCCUGGCCCGCCGAAUUACUUCCAUCCCGACUGGCCAAAGCUCGUCUUCUCACUUACGGCUACGAUGCGUACGUUGUGAAGAAGUCUGUUUCUUCAACAAAUCGACUAAUCGACCAUGCCAAUAACUUACUGCACGACCUUACCGCUGAACGCUCAUCUUCCAACACCAUCAAUCGACCUAUUAUCUUUAUUGUGCACAGCUUUGGCGGUAUUGUUUGCAAAGCAGCGUUGAUUAUCUCACGACAAAGUCUCAAGUCUCAUCUUGGGCAAGUGUUCAACUGCACCAAGGGCAUUGCGUUCCUUGGAACUCCGCACCGGGGUUCAUGGGCUGCUGACUGGGCAAAAAUACCUGUUUGGGCGAUGGGUCAAGUCAAAUCGACAAACCGCAACAUAUUGGAUGUUUUACAGAUCAACAACCAAUAUCUCGAGUUCAUUCAAACAUCGUUCCUAUCGAUGCUACGAGAGCUUCACGAAAGUGGUCGGCCUCUGCAAAUCACCUGUUUCUUCGAAGAACUGCCCAUGCCUGGAGUAGGCACCAUUGUGGCCAAAGAAUCAGCCUCGCUUGAGGGCUACAGCGCCUUCAGCGUCCACGCAAACCACUCUGACAUGGUGAAGUUUGGCUCGGCCGAGGAAAACGGGUUCAAGAGACUGCUGGGGGAAUUGGUAAGGUGGGAGGCCAUGCUUGGAACGGGUGACUCAACUGUCAGGCCUGUGGCUGAGCUAGAGUUGGAUGGGAAAACGCCAAAUGCUACCCCAUCACUUCAAACAACAGCUGGCCAUAUUUUCAAUACGAGUGGAGGGACGCAGCACAACAACACAGGAGGGGGGAACCAGUUCUUUGGGAACUUCGAUGGGCCUGUCUAUUUUGGUUUGCCAUCAAAUAAAUAAUUAGUUUUAUAGAGAAUCUAGAAGGUUUCCUG